CAUCAGUCCAAUCAGAAUCGUCUGUCCGGAUGCGGAUACGCCUCAAUUGUUGAGCUCCAAAAAUGAAAUGAAAUCGUCACUUCCCUCCCUUUCUCUCCCCCAUUUUACCGCUUACUCUCUCUCACUCCCAACACCAAUUCCAUCUUCCCCAACCCUGCCCUUUUCCCCCCCAAACCCUAGCUUCCCACUCUCCUCGAUCUCCCUUUUUGUUUUUAUUUAUUCUCUUCUAACUCUCUUCUUAUCCCUUUGAUUUCUUCUUUUCCUGUUUCCCCUCCAAAAUGGUGGUACAAUCCCCACAUUCAGUGGACAGUCCUGCUCCAAAUGGGAAGAAGAAGGCUGUCAAGAGGAAGGAUUCCCCUGACAAAGAAAACGCCUCUUCCGUCACAAGAUGCAGUGCCAGGCUUCAGGCCGCCAAACAACAGCGGAUUGAAAAGGAGCUUCUCGAUCGCCGUAGGGUUGAGCUCUUGGAGGAGGAAGAUGGGGGUAGCGCUAAGAAGAAAGCUUAUACCCGUAGGAAGAUACAAACAACUGAAAAUGAUAGUGAAUCCCAAGAAACGACUCCCACAAAUGCCGAGGAGCACCCGGAUAAUGCUUGCGUGCCUGUGCCUGUGCCUGUGCCAAAUGGAGCUGCUACUGCUAAUCCUCUUGCUGAGAAAAGUGCGCCUGCUAAAGUGAAAGAUACCUUGAGGUUGUUCAACAAGCAUUAUCUCCAUUUUGUUCAGGAAGAGGAAAAGAGGUGCAGUACUGUGAAAGUUAAUAAGAAAGCUUCUAAGAAGACAAAAACCAAGAUGCGGAAAGGGGAAGUACCUGAAGAUUCAGUCAAGAACAAGGCAAAGCGACCUGACUUGAAGGCCAUAUCCAAGAUGAUGGAGAAUGAGGAGAUACUUUAUCCCGAGAAAAGGAUUGGCAGCAUUCCAGGUAUUAAUGUUGGACACCAGUUCUAUUCACGGGCUGAAAUGGUUGCUGUUGGUUUUCAUAGUCACUGGCUGAAUGGGAUUGAUUACAUGGGACAAGCGUAUGCCAAAGGGGAGUAUGGUCACUAUAUCUUUCCACUUGCUGUAGCCAUAGUAUUGUCAGGCAUGUAUGAGGAUGAUUUAGAUAAUGCUGAAGAUGUCAUAUACACUGGGCAAGGAGGGCAUGAUUUGACAGGCAACAAACGACAAAUUCGGGAUCAAGUCCUUGAACGUGGUAAUCUGGCUCUCAAGAAUUGUGUGGAUCAAGACGUACCUGUCAGAGUAGUUCGUGGUCAUGAAUCUGCUGGUAGUUACUCUGGCAAGGUCUAUACAUAUGAUGGUCUGUACAAGGUUGUUAAGUAUUGGGCAGAGAAAGGCAUUUCUGGAUUUACAGUUUUUAAGUAUCGCUUGCGUCGGCUUGAAGAACAGCCAAUUUUGACCACUAACCAGGUUCAUUUUGUCUAUGGACGUGUACCUGAGUCUCUUUCAGAAAUACGCGGGUUGGUCUGCGAGGACAUUACUGGAGGUGUAGAGAAUAUUCCCAUUCCAGCUACCAACUUGGUUGAUGAUCCACCUGUUGCACCAACAGGUUUCACGUAUUCCAAGUCUAUGAAAGUAGUGAAAAACGUUAAGCUUCCCACUAAUGCAGUUGGAUGUGAUUGCGAAGGGGGUAGUUGCUUGAAUCCCCGGACUUGUUCAUGUGCUAGGCUUAAUGGCACUGAUUUUCCAUAUGUCCACCGUGAUAGUGGCAGGUUAAUUGAAGCUAAGGAUGUUGUAUUUGAAUGUGGCCCAAGAUGUGGCUGUGGGCCUGGUUGUGUUAACCGGACAUCCCAGAGAGGAUUGAGAUAUCGUCUUGAGGUGUAUCGCACUCCAAAGAAAGGAUGGGCUGUCAGAUCUUGGGAUUUUAUACCAUCUGGGGCUCUGGUUUGUGAAUAUAUAGGAGUACUGAUGAGAACAGAAGAUCUAGAUAAUGUCUCUUCUGAGAACAAUUACAUCUUUGACAUUGAUUGCUUGCAGACAAUGAGAGGGCUUGGUGGAAGAGAGAGGCGACAGCAAGAUGCAUCUAUGCCAGUGGUUACCAAUGCGGACAAAAUAGAGGAUCCAAAAUCUGAUGUGCCAGAAUUCUGCAUUGAUGCAGGUUCCACUGGAAAUGUGGCCAGGUUUAUAAACCACAGUUGUGAACCGAAUCUUUUCAUUCAAUGUGUCUUGAGUGCACACCAUGAUAUGAAGCUUGCUCGUGUGAUGCUCUUUGCUGCAGACAACAUUCCACCCUUGCAGGAGCUAACAUAUGACUAUGGCUAUGCUCUGGAUAGUGUUCAUGGUCCUGAUGGAAAGGUGAAACAAAUGCCAUGUUAUUGUGGUGCAACAGAAUGCAGGAAACGCUUAUUUUAGGUCCUGAGUUAUCUGCAAAAUACAAAAAUUGUCAAGAUGCUUUUGGCCAGACAUGGCGGCCAAUGUUUUUGGUUUUCACCAGAUGAUGAGGUGCUUCUGCGGUGUUUGUAAACAAUCAAAAUCACGUACUGAUUUAAUAGAUGGAGAAAUAGUAAAUAGGUCAAGCGGGAAAUGGGAGAUGAGGGAAAGAGACUGGCAAUAUUUAAAUUGAAAACAGGAACAGGAUGUGCUUGGAUUAACGGACGGGUUUAAUGCUGGCGAAAAAAAAAAAAGGUUGAUUUUAUGGUACUUUGAUUUGAUUUUCUGAUUUGUACAUGCUUCAUUAAUCAUUAUAAUCCUGUUGACUGAAUUUCUCAAAGCUAAUUCUAUCCCAUGGGUUGCGGUGGGAAGCCAUCUUAUGUUUCUCUAAAUUGUUUCUGCUUCUGUUUUAAUGCACAGCUUAUUAUCAGGUGUACUAAAAAAUGGAACCUGUU